AUGAUCAUUUGGCAGGAUGAUGACAACUUUAGAAAGUUGGACCUGGUGUGCUUGGGCCUAUCUUGCAAGCGACUCUACACCAUCAUGUCAGCUAUUAUACAUCCAUCAACAACAUCCAAUAACAAAGGCAAUGCCAAUGGUAAAAGCAAUGUGAUCAGCGAUGAACAUGGCCAGAUAUACACAUCGAAGGAAUACUCUCAAUGGUCUUGCCCAACUACACCUGGCGGACCGACCUCGGUCACAACGCGCAAAUAUGAUGAUUUCAACAAACCACUAAAGCUGGGUCAGUUGCCUCCGACGCUGACCUCACUCAGUCUCGGCAGCUCCUUUGACCAAGAUAUUGACAAGGAUGUGCUGCCUAAAUCGAUCACAACCCUGACCUUUGGGGGUAGCUUCAGCAAACCCCUCUUGCCAGGGGUGCUGCCGGACGCACUCACUCACCUGGCACUGGGCGACACAUUCGACCACGUGCUCGAGGUCGGCUUGCUCCCAUCCUCAAUCACCAGUCUGUCGCUUGGCAGUUCAUACGAUCGAAGAAUCGAGCGGGACGUCCUCCCCCGCUCACUCACAUCGCUUGUAUUUGGCUACAACUUCAAUCAGACCAUCGAUGUCGGUGUGAUUCCUCCAUCACUCGCCAGUCUGACAUUCGGGCAGUUCUACCGCCAACCCCUCGUCAUUGGUGCCCUCCCAGUGGGCCUGACAUCAUUGACAUUUGGCGGCUAUUUCAACGAUGAUCUCCAGCCCGGCGUCUUGCCGGUCUCGCUCACAUACCUUCAGUUUGGUCAGUUUUACAAUCGAUCAUUCGUCGAAGGCUCGCUUCCAUCGGCCAUGCGAACAUUGGUGUGCGGCAACCUGUACAAUCGGCCGCUCACCCUUGGCUCGAUGCCCAUGUCCCUCACAAGCAUCACGUUUGGACAGGCCUACAAUCGACCACUCAUACCACAUGCACUGUCAGCAUCGCUCACCUAUCUCGAACUAGGCUUUGACUAUGAUCAGAUCAUCGACGUGGACAUGUUGCCCAACUCACUUGGCACAUUGGUACUGGGUCAAUCAUUCAAUCAACCGAUACACAAGGGUGUCUUGCCAGCGUCACUUACAGCACUGACACUUGGCGAGGAGUUCAAAGCACUGAUCGUGUUCCCUCUUCAACUCAAAUCACUCUCAAUCUACACCAUGUCACAACUACACUAUGUCCAACACAUUCAACAACCUACAUUCGACCAUCUAAUCAUACGAUACUGCCCUUUGGAUUAUAAGCCUGAACUACCAACCAAGUUAAUUACUUGGCCAACAUCAUCUUCAUCAUCACAAUGUGUGAUACUAUCACACAUCAACAACUUAUCAAUCAAUGUUUAUUAUGAUACCAACUCGCCAAACAGCUCUCAAAAGUCAAAGACCAUACAGAUAGGUUUGAUGAAGAGUUUGAUGAUGCGUAUGCCAUUCAUUGUGGAUAGUUAUACAUUGUGUAUCAAUAUUCCAAGAUCAAGUGUAUCGUCAGUUGCCAACCAACCAAUCAACUUCAAGAUGAUGCCAAUCAAGGACAAUCCAAGGAUGGCUUUAAUGAACAAGUCUUCGUCCUCUUCACUAAAGACAUGGAUCAAAAGAUUGAAGCUCUGA